UAACAUCACUCUAUGUAGUCACAAGACCACUCAGCUGAGCCUGUCGUCUUUACUUGUAUUUAGGAUUUAUUGAAUUCUUUGAUCUUUAUUCCAAUUAUUAUUGGCUUGGUCAUAAUUCUAUGAUAUCCUAGCCAAAAUGGCUAACAUCAACGAGGAAAAUGUUAGUAAGCUUAUUGGCGAAGAGAAUAUCGAUAUGAUCGCCGCCACCAGCGUCCUGCAGCUAAGGGCCAGUGAAAUCCGUCAAACGGAUAUAAAAUGGCAGUCUUAUUUGCAAUCACAGAUGAUCACGCAGCGAGAUCACGACUUCGUGUCAGCCCUAGACCAUGGCAAGAAGGACCUCCCUGAUAAGAACCCUGAGGAGUGCUGCUCAGUUUUUGUCAACUUGCUCACCCAUGUCAGCAAGGACCACACUAUUCAGUACAUUCUGGUCAUGAUUGAUGAUAUCCUGUCUGAAAACAAGAACCGAGUGAAGAUUUUCCGCGAACACAACAAGUCAGGGCAAGUCUGGCAACCUUUCCUGAAUCUGCUGAACCGCCAAGAUGAGUUUGUGCAGCACAUGACUGCCCGCAUUAUUGCAAAGCUGGCCUGCUGGCACCCGCAGCUUAUGGACAAGAGUGACCUCAACUUCUACUUGACCUGGCUGAAGGAACAGCUCAAACAGAAUGCGGAGAAAAUGUCUGCCGAGUUAGCGCAUGCCGAGCAGGUUAUGUUGGCUCACGAGAAACCGAUUGUGGACAAACACAAACACAAGGACAAGGCCCCCGAAGCCCAGGGCAAAUACCACAGCCUUUACACCUCCUUCGACGACCUUGCGCCGCUCGAGGACUUGCCCCCGGGCUCCAAGAAGCACAUCGACUACAUCCAGUCGGUGGCGCGCUGCCUGCAGAUGAUGCUCCGCGUCGACGAGUACCGCUUCGCGUUCCUCUCCGUCGACGGCAUCUCCACGCUGCUGUCCAUCCUCGCGUCCCGGGUCAACUUCCAGGUCCAAUACCAGCUGGUGUUCUGCCUGUGGGUGCUGACUUUUAACCCGCUGUUGGCUGAGAAGAUGAACAAGUUCAACGCCAUCCCCAUCCUCGCCGACAUCCUGAGCGACUCCGUCAAGGAGAAGGUCACGCGCAUCGUGCUGGCCGUGUUCCGCAACCUCAUCGAGAAGCCCGAGGACGGCCAGGUGGCAAAGGAGCACUGCAUCGCCAUGGUGCAAUGUAAAGUCCUGAAGCAACUGGCGAUCCUGGAGCAGAAGCGCUCCGACGACGAGGACAUCAUGAACGACGUGGACUUCCUGAACAACCGCCUGCAGGCCUCCGUGCAGGACCUGAGCUCCUUCGACCAGUACGCUACUGAAGUCAAGAGUGGACGAUUGGAAUGGUCGCCUGUGCACAAAUCCGCCAAGUUCUGGCGCGAGAACGCGGCGCGCCUCAACGAGCGCGGCCAGGAGCUGCUGCGCACGCUGGUGCACCUGCUGGAGCGCAGCCAGGACCCCGUGGUGCUCGCCGUCGCCUGCUACGACGUGGGCGAGUACGUGCGCCACUACCCCAGGGGCAAGCAGUGAGUACAGUACAACAGUGAGUACAGUCCUGGCGCGAGGACGCGGCGCGCCUCAACGAGCGCGGCCAGGAGCUGCUGCGCACGCUGGUGCACCUGCUGGAGCGCAGCCAGGACCCCGUGGUGCUCGCCGUCGCCUGCUACGACGUGGGCGAGUACGUGCGCCACUACCCCAGGGGCAAGCAGUGAGUACAGUACAACAGUGAGUACAGUCCUGGCGCGAGGACGCGGCGCGCCUCAACGAGCGCGGCCAGGAGCUGCUGCGCACGCUGGUGCACCUGCUGGAGCGCAGCCAGGACCCCGUGGUGCUCGCCGUCGCCUGCUACGACGUGGGCGAGUACGUGCGCCACUACCCCAGGGGCAAGCAGUGAGUACAGUACAACAGUGAGUACAGUCCUGGCGCGAGGACGCGGCGCGCCUCAACGAGCGCGGCCAGGAGCUGCUGCGCACGCUGGUGCACCUGCUGGAGCGCAGCCAGGACCCCGUGGUGCUCGCCGUCGCCUGCUACGACGUGGGCGAGUACGUGCGCCACUACCCCAGGGGCAAGCAGUGAGUACAGUACAACAGUGAGUACAGUCCUGGCGCGAGGACGCGGCGCGCCUCAACGAGCGCGGCCAGGAGCUGCUGCGCACGCUGGUGCACCUGCUGGAGCGCAGCCAGGACCCCGUGGUGCUCGCCGUCGCCUGCUACGACGUGGGCGAGUACGUGCGCCACUACCCCAGGGGCAAGCAGUGAGUACAGUCCUGGCGCGAGGACGCGGCGCGCCUCAACGAGCGCGGCCAGGAGCUGCUGCGCACGCUGGUGCACCUGCUGGAGCGCAGCCAGGACCCCGUGGUGCUCGCCGUCGCCUGCUACGACGUGGGCGAGUACGUGCGCCACUACCCCAGGGGCAAGCAGUGAGUACAGUACAACAGUGAGUACAGUCCUGGCGCGAGGACGCGGCGCGCCUCAACGAGCGCGGCCAGGAGCUGCUGCGCACGCUGGUGCACCUGCUGGAGCGCAGCCAGGACCCCGUGGUGCUCGCCGUCGCCUGCUACGACGUGGGCGAGUACGUGCGCCACUACCCCAGGGGCAAGCAGUGAGUACAGUACAACAGUGAGUACAGUCCUGGCGCGAGGACGCGGCGCGCCUCAACGAGCGCGGCCAGGAGCUGCUGCGCACGCUGGUGCACCUGCUGGAGCGCAGCCAGGACCCCGUGGUGCUCGCCGUCGCCUGCUACGACGUGGGCGAGUACGUGCGCCACUACCCCAGGGGCAAGCAGUGAGUACAGUACAACAGUGAGUACAGUCCUGGCGCGAGGACGCGGCGCGCCUCAACGAGCGCGGCCAGGAGCUGCUGCGCACGCUGGUGCACCUGCUGGAGCGCAGCCAGGACCCCGUGGUGCUCGCCGUCGCCUGCUACGACGUGGGCGAGUACGUGCGCCACUACC